UGUUACAAAAUACUGCUGGGUCGUAAGGACGAGAAAGAUGUUUCAGAGGUAGUACAUCUUCAACUUUUGGCUUUUAUCUUUUGAGGACAAGUAGAGCAAUGAAGAAGAUGAUGAUCCAGGCCUCUUGUAGGAAAGGUCUUCAGGUGUGUUUACUCCUACUGAUGGUGGGAAGACUGCAGGGCAGGGUAAAAGCACCAGAGCGUCUGGAAGCUCCCGUGGGGAAGCCCUUCAAUCUGACUUGCAGUGUUUCGAGGGAACAAGGUGAGUCUCUGAGGCAGGUGCGUUGGUUGGAUGUCCAGAACCAGAGCCUGCUGAGCUACCAGCCCGGCCUCAGAGACAGUGUGAGUGGACAGCAGCAUGUGGAGCUCGCCUCCUCCCCAAAAGACACCUCGGUCAUCACCAUCCGCAGGGUGGGUUUCCGUGACGAAGGCUGCUACACCUGCAUCUUUGACAUGCAUCCUUCCGGUUCAAAGCAGGGACAGACCUGCCUCACUGUUACCUCGCAAGUCACCGUUGACAGCAACAAGACAGCAGUGAGCGGCAAGAAGGCCUCCCUCUCGUGCUCCUAUGGUUUGCCUGAAAAGGUGCAGCAGAUCAUAUGGAGACACACGUCUGCGCAAGGAGACUCCAUAGAGGUGGCCUCCUUUGCAAAGAAGAGCGACCCCAUGAUAGAGCCACCGUAUCAGGGGAGAGUCUGGCUAAGUGCCUCCAUGUCCGACAGUCAGCUCACCAUCCAGCCUGUCACUAUCCAGGAUGAGGGCUGCUACACCUGCCUGUAUACCACACAUCCCGACGGGCCAAAGAGCUCCACAGUUUGCCUCGCCACCUUUGUGCUGCCCAAACCGCAGGUGAGCUACAAGACCACCUCUCCAGGUGUGAUCGAAGCCAACUGUACCUCAGUGUCCCGCCCCCCAGCAGAGAUAGUGUGGAAUGUGGAGAGGGAUAACCGCACCAUGGGCCCCCCUGUGACGACCCAGCUCCCGCAGAGUGACGGGACCACUCUUGUCAUCAGUACACUGACUGUCAAGUCAGGGCUGCUGAAAGAUGUGUCCAUCAAAUGCUUGGUGCAUCACAAAGGGCUUGAGUCACCAAUUGCGGUAUCUAUGAACACUAAAAUUGGGACGGCUCUCACCAUCCUGAUCUCAGUCACUACAGUGGCAGCCCUCUUGGUCAUGUCCCUCUGUUUCUGCCUUUGGAAGUGUUUCUUGCGGAAAGAAGGUCAGUAUGUGUGUGUGUGUGUGUGUGUGUGUGUGCGUAUGCAUGUGUGUGUGUGUGUGUGUGUGUGUGUGUGUGGCAUUCCAGACGAGAUAUCAAGAAGAUUUUACUGUUUAACUGGAAGACAUACCAUUUUUAAACAUAUAUUUGCCAUUCAAGAAGAGGUAAGUGAACAAUUAACACAACGACAAUGCAUUAUAACAUGGAAAAUGUAUUUAUUUAACUUUAAGGGGAUGUUAAAUGGCUUAAUCACAUAAUGGUUUUGAGCUGGGAAUGAAAAAAAUAUUUUCUUUGGAGGUUUGUGUUGUACUUUACCUUUUCAGAAGUUUCUGAUGUUCUUCUGACUUAUAUGGGAAAGUUUCUGCAGAUUUACAACCACACUACGAUCAUCCAUCAUCAGGAACUUAAAAAAUCAUUUGUAGGUCAAUAAAAUUUAUUUGUAGGGCUCCCUUCCUACUGUGGGUUUUGGCAAACUGCCCGGGUUUCUACAGAAACAAUGAAAGGGAACAGUGGUCUAUGUGGAUGUGCUGCUGCACUGACUUAACUAUAAAAACUGUUGCUAUUAAACAAGGUCAGAAAUCCACAUUUCAGAGGGCAGAAGGUGUGACAUGUCUUAGUUAUGCCCUGAGAUUUUGUGAAAUGAGGAAGAGAGCCAAAGUCACAAUGCAAUCCAUUUACCCUGGGAACGUCUAGGGCUUAUGGGCCAUGGUGAUUGUCAAAGCUAAAAAAACAUAAACAUGGAAUGAACAGCGAUUAGUUUAUCAAAAAACUUGCAUCCUUGUCUAAACAUAUAAGCAUGACACAUGACAUAUUUUUAGUUGUUUUAAUAGUUAAAAUUGACAUUGGGAUUUUAAAUUAGGUUUUCUUGCUUCUGGGGGACUGGUGACAACUACAUUUUCAUGACAUUAUGGAAUAAAAAGUGUAAAGUGUCAUGAAAUAUAAACAGCCUGAAGGGGCAACAAUGUUUAAUAAAAUAAAAGAUAGAAACUUAA